CUCCCCUCCAGCAUCCAUCCACCUCUUUUGACCACGCUCGUCCCGAUUCUCCUGCCCAGGCAAGACACGACUGUCUGCAUCGACAGCCCCUUGCGAUGGGCGGCGACCAGUAGUGCACAGUUCAAUAACAUCGCUGCUCCUGUGUCUGGCCUGCCGACCGCCAUGUACUGUCAAAAGUGCCGCCAGCCCUUGAGGCUGGAUGGGUCUUUGGAGGAUCUGAACCCAGCUGCAUACGACCUCAUUGUUUCGUCAUCAAGUCCUCAGACGUCGAAAAAGUCGCACCAAAAUCGGUCGUCAGCCCUGCAAGCACCCGAGCAAGCGAGGAAAGCCUUCUAUGACAGCGUAUCACAGAAGGCCGGCCCGCCGACCUUCAAACGACACCAUGGACACCAUCCGCGCGACUCCGCAAUGUCGUUCAUCUAUUUGACCGAGUCUCAGGUGGGCGGCCAUCCCCAGCCGCAGGCGCAUGCACCCGAGCGACCAGAUCCUGUACCGACGCGGCGCGCGAGCUCGAGCAAGGAACCUCGCCCAGAGCCGCCUAAAAGUGACGAGAUGGACCGGAUAAACAGACUGUUCGAGAUCCUCUCCGCAAGAUCCGACAUCGACCAUCCCGUCUGUGUGGACUGCACCGAGCUGCUCGUGGACGGAUACCAGAGGAAACUCGAUGUUGCUUCCAAGGAAAGGGACGCCUACGUGAGAUACUUGAGCCAAGUGCAGUCGGAGCAGCCAAGCUCAGAAGACAUCAAAUCGCGACAAGAAGCGCUCAAAAAGGCAGAAAAGGAUAGGGCGGUGGCUUUGGAGGAACUCAAGAAGCUGGAGAAGGAGAAAGAAGCUCUCGACGAGGAGCUUGUGGCUCUCGAAGAAGAAUCCCGGCAGUUGGACAAGGACGAAGAGGCUUUCUGGAGAGAGAGAAACGCCUUCGCGACUACCAUGGCAGACUUUCAAGCGGAGAGAGACAGCGUCAACGCCAAGUACAGCAACGACUCCCAGCUUCUCGACAAAUUGCAGAGGUCCAAUGUGUAUAACGACACAUUCUGCAUCAGUCACGACGGCAGCUUCGCGACCGUCAACGGGUUGCGGCUCGGGAGGCUGUCCAACAAGCCCGUGGACUGGCCCGAGAUCAACGCGGCUUGGGGCCACGCCUUGCUGCUGCUCGUCACCGUCGCCGACAAGCUCGAGUACAAGUUUCAGGGUUACGACCCCCAGCCGAUGGGGAGCACCUCCAAGAUCGUGCGGUACGAUGCGUCGAGUCCAUCGUCGAGCAGGCUCGGCUCUCGAGCAAUGCAGCCGCCGCCGAAGAAGCACGUCUUGGAGCUUUACAGCUCAGGGGACAUGCCGCUGGGUUUGACGUUUAUGCACCGCAAAUUCGACAACGCCAUGGUUGCGUUUCUGGAGCUCGUGCGGCAACUGGGCGUGCUCGUCCAAAGGAAGACGGAGCCGACGGGAAACAUGUUGACGCUGCCGUACAGGAUCGAGGGCGACAAGAUCGGGGAUGUGAGCAUCAAGCUGGGCAUUGCACAGGACGAUGGCUGGACGAAGGCGUGUAAGCUCACGCUCACGUGCUGCAAGUUUCUCUUGGCCCACGCAAGCAAUGUAGGCGCAAGCGCCAGGAAUGCAGAGUAACGCGCGGUUUGCACUGCCUUUUGUGUCGAACUACCUAGUUAGCGUUAACCGGGGUUCUAACUAGUAUAAGCGUGCGUGGCAGGCAGCGACGAGAUUGAGGGCGAUGUCUUUGGCGCUUAUUUAUUUUUGGACUCAUGGCGGUUACGUCUGGCGCACAGGCGGACAUGGGCUCGAUCGAGUAUUGAUUGCAAUUUGGGAUACCACGAAAGCACAGCAACUUUGUUUUGUUCUUUGAUAGAUGUAAUAGCUAGAUGGUAGUAGUAGGCUGGAGACUUUGAUACAGUCAAAUGCUGAUUUACAGAGC